AUGAACCAAUUGCUACAGCAACAACCACUACAAGUACCACUAGCACCACUAGCACCGGCACCUCCAGAACCACAGCAACCCUCAUCGGUAUAUUUAAACAUGGUGCAACACAUUAUUGCUGGAAAUACUUUCAAUGACCACGCAACUAUUAUCCCAUGCCAAAAUAACAUUUCACGUAUAUUACUUGAAACUUAUA